AUGGCCUCAGCCUCACAAGACUCACCUACGCGCACAGAUGGACCUGCAACAAACAGACGAUCGCGCAGCUCGCCAGGCCCACCGUCCCAGAAUGAGGCGGUGGCCCCAGUCCCAGGCAUUCACAGUGAUCCAGUUGAAGCCUCACCACCGUCCAACCCCCGACUCCAAGCUCUAGCAGCCAAGAAAGUAGACCUCGAAGCAAAACUCUUAGCCCUACAGGAUCAACGCGCUGCUCUGGUCUCCCAGUCUAAACUACCAUCUGGACUUGCAAUGCCAGACUCCUGGGCCGAAGACGAGAAGACCAAGUCAGCGCUCGCGUCUGCUAAUGUGACGAUCAAGGAGCACAUCUCGCUGUUGCACAAGUACAACGAGAUCAAGGACAUCGGGCAAGGUCUGAUGGGGUUGAUUGCGGAAAGUAGAGGUGUGAGGGUGGCGACUGUGAUGGAGGACUACGGGAUGGGCGAGAAGGACUAA